GACAACUGGGUUCAGUUCGAGUUUCUAAUGAAACCCAGUUUAGUUGAGCUGGCAGCAGCAGAACGAUGACGCAGAAGCACAGAGUUCUCGCCGUCGUCGGAAAAAUGGUGAAGAGCCCACCUUCGAAAGCUCUCUCCGUAUUUAAUUCUUCGACUCUUCAAGGCCUGCAACACACUCCGGAAUCGAUUUCGUUUGUUCUCCAUCUUCUCCUUUCCUACGACAUGAUCUCGCACGCUCAAUCUCUUCUUCUCCGGAUUCUCUCCGGCCGGAUCUCUUCUGCUUUCUUCACCCCAUUUUCUCUAUUCGACCAAAUAACCCAGCCCAAUUUGGACUCGAAUAUGAGGACUAAGGUCCUUCUCUAUGAAACCAUUAUCAAUGCCCAUGUUCAAUCCCAAUUGCCGGAACAAGCCAUUGGUUAUUUCAAUCGGAUGGUUGAUGGAGGUGUUCUCCCUGGAUCCAAGACUCUAAAUAAUCUCUUGAGCUUCCUCGUUAAAUCAGGUUGUUUGGAGAAAGCUUGGAUGGUUUUCAAGAAGGGCAAGGUGAAAUUGGAUGUGUAUAGUUUUGGGAUUAUGAUCAAAGGAUGCUGUGAUACCAGCGACUUGAGGAGAGGUCUCGAGUUGCUGACACAAUUGGAGGACAUGGGUUUCUCUCCUAAUGUUGUGAUUUUCACUACUUUGAUUGAUGGGUGUUGUAAAGAUGGGGAUAUUGAUCAGGCAAAAACGUUGUUUUCCGAGAUGGAGGAGCUCGGACUGAUUCCUAAUGAGUAUACGUACACUGUUCUGAUCAAUGGGUUGUUUAAGAAAGGACUGAAAAAAGAUGGGUUUGAUCUAUAUGAGAAGAUGCAGAAGCAGGGUGUGUUUCCUAACUUGUAUACUUACAAUUGUAUGAUGAACGAGUACUGCAACGAGGGAGAGAUUGGUAAAGCAUUUGAAGUGUUUGAUGAAAUGCGUGAGAGAGGAGUUGCUUGUAAUGUUGUUACCUACAAUACUUUGAUUAGUGGAUUGUGUGGCCAGACCAGGAUGUGGGAGGCUGAGCGGCUAGUGGAUCAAAUGAAGGCAGCUAGUAUAACUCCAAAUUUGAUCACGUAUAACACACUAAUACAUGGUUUUUGUAAUGCUGGGAAGUUGGGAAAGGCUAUGAGUUUGUUCAACCAGUUGAAGUUUACGGGCCAAUCUCCAUCUCAGGUGACUUACAACACUCUAAUUGCAGGUGCUGCUCGAGCUAAAGAUUCAACCAGAGUUGCUUAUUUGGUAAAGGAAAUGGAGGACAGAGGAAUAUGGUCUUCCAAAGUGACAUAUACUAUUGUCAUUGAUGCUUUUGUUAGACUAGAUAACAUGGAAAAAGCAUUUGAGAUAUAUUCAUUCAUGAAGAAUUCAGGUUUGGUUCCAGAUGAAUACACCUAUGGUGUCUUGAUUAAUGGGUUGUGCAUCAAGGGUCAAAUGAAGGAAGCAUCAAAAUUGUUCAAGUCAAUGAAGGAGAUGUCCUUGAAGCCAAAUGAUGUGAUAUACAACACAAUGAUUCAUGGCUACUGCAAAGAGGGGAGCUCUUAUAGAGCACUGAGGCUGCUUAGAGAAAUGGCUGAGGAAGGACUUGUUCCUAAUGUUGCUAGCUAUAGGUCUACCAUCGGAGUCCUUUGCAAGGAUGGCAAGUGGGAAGAGGCAGAGGUUUUGUUGGAUGAGAUGAUCAAGUCAGGGUUCAAACCACCAUUCUCUGGUUACAAUAUGAUCUCUAAAGCCAAAGAUCCCACAUAGCUGAAGCAUUAGAAUACUGUUAGUUGACAAGCAGAUUUGCUCUUGUCAUGUUAAUCAAGAUUGGAUUUUAAAGGAGCAAGAUCAAUUAUUUUAAAUUUAAAUGAGUUUGUUGGAGAUAAAGUUGCAUAUGAACUUUCCCUGUUUUCCAAGGCUUGAAAGUGAUUGCUUGCAUUGGAUAGACUCUUGAACAGCAAGAACCUGGCUCUACCAUGUCAGUAGUUGCUACACAAACCAAAGCAAUUGCUAGCUGCUGCAUUUUGAAUACGGAGAAAAUGACUUCAUGACAAUGGCUGUUGCUGAGUUGCUGCAUCAACAAGAAUCAUCCAUAGAGGUUCUGUAAAUGGAGCAAACUGCAAAGAAUUAUUGGCUGCACAAGCAGAUGAGGAUGGCUUUUUGGUGGUUGGAGCUUCCCUAAAGAGUAUUCAUUUUUUCUCCAUUGGCUGGAGUCAAUUCAUUGACAUUAUCGAGGCAGCCAUGAAGAAGAAGAGUGAUUAAAGUUGAGAGCCAAGAACCAAAGCAUCAACCUUAACUCCUAAUGAGGAACUUAAUCAUAUUUUGUGGUGGUGGUCUUUUCUACGAACCAGAUAACUGUUUUCUGAGUGUAAUACUCCCUCAAUUAUGAAAUAAUUGUCUUUUUUUAAG